GCAUUAGCGCCCCCCCCCUCUCGCUCUAAAAAUCAGUUCGAACUAACGUUUCCCCCCCGCCCCCGAGAAUCGUUGUUUUGGUUGACAAUGUUGCGAGGUUUAGGCUCUUGGCUGGGUUUGGAGAACCCGGCGGACGCCAACACGUUGGCUGACACGGAGGAGGAGCAGAAGCAGGAGGAAAAAGUGGUGGAAGCUCAAAACGAGGUAAACAAACAGCAAGCAGCAGCUGAUGGCCACCAUGAAGAAGAAGAAAAAGAUGACGUGGAGAGCGAACAGGAGCUCAAUAAAGGACUUGGCGACUUCAUCUUCAGUUUUGCGUCCAGCGCAACCAAGAAGAUCUCAGAGUCCAUGGUAGUGACUGCACAAAGCAUUAAGAAGAGCGUCGAGGAGGGAAAGAUCGAUGGAAUUAUCGACAAGACAUUCCUAGGAGACUUCCAGAAGGAGCAAGAGAAGUUUGUCAAGGAAAAGAAGUCCAAAAGAUCAGAAGCAGCAGUGCCUCCCUGGGUGGGCUACAAUGAGGAGGAGACUAUCCAGCAGCAAAUCCUCGCCCUCUCAGCUGACAAGCGUAAUUUCCUGCGUGACCCUCCAGCUGGCGUGCAGUUCCACUUCGACAUGGAGCAAAUGUUUCCUCUGGCUGCUGUCAUGCUGGAGGAGGACCAACUUCUCAACCGCAUGCGCUUUGACCUGGUGCCCAAACAUGUGAAGGAGGAAGUGUUCUGGAGGAACUACUUCUACCGCGUGUCACUCAUCAAGCAGUCGGCGCAGCUGACUGCGCUGGCGGCCCAGCAGCAGGAGCAGCAGCAGAAGAAGGGUGACGAUGGCGUCUCAUCCAAUGAUGUCGUCUUAUCGGACAACGUCAGGCCCAAAACACCGCCUGUUUCCAUCAGCGACAAGCAGAAGCCCACUCUGGAGGAAGACUUUUCAAUCUCCACCAGUCCCGGCGUCGGCGAAUUUGUGAGUGACGCCUUCGACUCGGCGGCCAUCGAUCGCGAGGACUUGCAGAAGGGAAUGGAGCAGCUGGUGCUCGACAAGAAGGACAGCGCCCCCUCUGCUGACGAGGAGCAGUCAGACUGGGAGAAAGAGCUCCAGCAGGAGCUCCAGGAAUACGAGGUGGUGGCCGAGUCAGACAACAGAGACGAGCAGUGGGACCAGGAAAUCGAAAAGAUGCUACAGGCGCACGACGCCUAAAGCAUGCCACGGUACAGCCGCCACUCUUUUUCAAAUGGACACUUAAAUGUAAACAUUCAAUGGAUGAAGGACAAGUUGAGAUUUUAUACAAAGAGCGCCUGUUGUCACCUCUGAUGGGAAAUUUAUUGUAAUGAGAGAGAGAUGGCGCUAAGGGGCGCUCCAGUGUAAAUAAUCUCAACUGGAUCGCAUCACAGAUUAAACUUUUUUUCUUCUUUUCCUUUCCACGUAUCUUGUACAGUCAGAACACUUUAUUAGCUAUCUAACAGAUGCUUCAAAUGUAAAAUUGAAAUAUGUGAAUAAAAACACUUAAAAUCC